UAAUUCUUGCGAUUGACCAUUUUAUAAUCAUACCGACAGUCUCAGUUUCAAAUGUGCGAUAACUUUUAUUUGCGGGUAUGUUUAAGUUUGUGCUAAUUUUCUGUUUUUUUUUAUUCACUAGUUUAUUAGUUACAUGCGUUCAUGGACAAGAUGUAUCGACGUGUUAUACUCCGAAAAAGGAAUCUGGUACAUGUAUUAACAUUAAGAAAUGUCCCUAUAUGAUUCAUUUACUUGUUACACAUCAAACAGAUCCUCAGACAGUAGAGUAUCUGCGAGGUUCUACAUGUGGAUUCGACGGAAAUGAUCCGAUGGUGUGUUGUCCUCAACUAGAUAAAGUUAUUGUAGGUGACAGGAACAUUAUGAAUAAUGAUCAGAAUAACCCAAAGUUACCAACUAAACCUACAUGUGGUUUAAGUAAUGUAACGAACCCCAGAGUUGUUGGAGGCGUACCUGCAGCUUUAAACGAAUUUCCCUUUAUGGUUAUUUUGGGAUACCGAAACGUGAAAAAUCCAAUUAUCCCUAAAUGGCGUUGUGGAGGUACACUUAUUACGGAAAAACAUGUUUUAACAGCUGCUCAUUGCUGUACGCCAGAUUUAUACUUGGCUAGGGUAGGUGAAUAUAUUAUUUUUGACGAAACGGAUGGAGCUACUCCCGAAGAUAUAUCAAUAACAAGUGUUAAACGGCAUGAGAACUUUAGCGAUGUACAAUUCACUAAUGAUAUAGCAAUACUAACACUAUCGAAGAAACCAAAUAACCCUUUAGUAUGGCCAAUUUGUUUGCCGAUCGAAAAUUCUUUGAGAAAUAACUCUUUCGUAGGACAAAAUGGUAUAGUUGCUGGAUGGGGAUCAAUAUAUUAUGAUGGACCUAGAAGUUCAAUAUUGCUGGUUGCUGAUUUGCCAGUUCUGAGUGAAUCCAAUUGUCAAAAAGUUUUUGGUGCAGCUACCGUAAUUGACAAUAGAAUUAUAUGUGCGGGUUAUGUUACUGGCUCUAAAGAUACUUGUAAAGGAGACUCUGGAGGUCCCUUAAUGUAUGCUGAAAAAAAUGGAAAAUUUCUUACUUAUUAUCAAAUAGGGAUAAUUUCUUAUGGGUAUAAAUGUGCUGAAAAAGGAUAUCCAGGUGUGUUCACAAAAGUGACGAAGUUCUUGGAUUGGAUUGAAAAGAAUGUUAAUUUUUCGGAUAAUCUUACUUCUAUGGCUACGUCUAAUUUAAUGGCCAUCGCUGAUGCAAACAAUAAUUUCAUUUUAAUCGAUUUAGGAGCUUAUGGUAGAGAAAACGAUAGCAUCGUUUUCUCAGAAUCUACAAUGGGAAGAGCAUUUAAAGGAAAUGCAUUAAAUAAACCAAACUCCGAAAAAAUUAUUAAUACGAAUAUUAAUAUACCUUUCUAUUUAGUAGGCGAUGAGGCUUUUCCUUUAAGUGAAAACCUAAUGCGACCUUAUGCUCGUGAACAAAUUCCAUACAUUAUGGGUCAUCGAUGGUGCUUAUGUUUGUUUUUAUUAGUUAGUGCUGUACGAUCACAAAUUUCGGAAGGAGAACCGUGUUACUCAGCUAGAAAUGAGUACGGAAUAUGUCAAAAUAUCAGAAAAUGCGCUUCUAUGGUACGAUUACUAAAAACAAGAAGUCAAGAUCCUGAUAUAGUUAAUUAUUUAACAGGUUCAACUUGUGGAUAUGACGGAUCUGAUCCUAGAGUAUGCUGUCCAGAAUCCAAUGAUAUUGACAAUAAUCAACAGAGUACUACCUUAGAUAAUUCAAAUAACACCAAUGAAGUCAGGUACCGAAUAAAUUCUAAGGAAUGUGGUUACAGUAAUGUAACUAACUUUAGAAUAGUUGGUGGAAUUCCUGCGAAAUUACACGAAAUAUCAUUUAUUGUAAACUUGGGCUACAAAGAUCCUAAAAACCCGAAGGUUCCGAAAUGGUUGUGUGGGGGUUCACUUAUAACAGACAGGCAUGUUCUUACAGCUGCCCAUUGUGUAGUGAAUAGACCCUUGUAUGUUGUUCGUUUUGGAGAAUUGGAUUUGUUUAAUACGUCAGAUGGAGCUAAUCCUGAGGAUAUAAAUGUGUUAAAAGCAGAAGCUCAUGAAGGAUACAACCGCGCUAAACUCAUUAACGACAUAGCAAUAGUAACUGUAGAAAGGCCCGUUACACAUCCUUGGGUGUGGCCAGUUUGUUUACCAAUAGACGAAUCUUUACGAUCAAAAUCAUUUGCAAAAUGGACAGCUACAGUAGCCGGUUGGGGAGCUAUAUAUUACAAUGGUCCUUCAAGUAGUAGUCUUCAAAUAGCUCAAACUCCAGUAGUAGAGUUCGAAAAAUGUAAAACUGCUUUCGCUAAACACAACAUAUCCAUCGACGAGAACGUUAUUUGUGCAGGUCGAGCUGAUGGACGCCAGGAUGCUUGUCAAGGAGAUUCAGGAGGUCCAUUGUUUUGGGGAACCAUCAAAAAUGAUGCAAUUCAGUUUUACCAAAUUGGAAUAGUCUCAUAUGGCUUUAGAUGCGCUGAAGUAGGUUAUCCUGGAGUUUAUACAAGAGUUACCAAGUAUAUUGACUGGAUACAAGAAAAAGUGAAGUGAAAUAGCUAUUUAUAUGAAAUAAGAAGGAUGUGUGAAUAUUAGUGUUAAGUAUUUUAAAAUAAAUACUUUUAAACUUCA